GCCUAGCCAUUUUCAUCAUUCUUGUUCAUUCGUUAUUCUCUGGGGAGGCGGCACAGUGUGACGAAGAACUCCAUGGAUAAGCUUUGGAGUUUAUCUCAUUUUCCUCUAUAUUAAACAACCUAUACCUACCUGAACUGAACAUUUGGUUUCUACAGGAUUGCGUUAUCAGGUGGUUGUGAACCCUAUUAUGAAUUGAGAGAGUAAUGCCAUUUAACGUUCUGGUUUUAUUGGAUUUCUGGAGUUGUUAAGUUUAAGGGAAAAAGAUGCCGUCUGCUUUGCUUUCAAGUCUGAACUCUUCAUUCACUUUUGGCGUUCAAAAGGCUGUGAGUGCAAAACAAAUUGGGAGAUAUAAACUAACUCAAGCUCUGCCUAUAAGGAGUAAUUAUCUUGGGAGUUGCAGAAGCAAGAGCUUUGCCAUUGGGGUGCUCCAGCAUUCCAGUGCUAUUCUAGGAGACUCAACUAGCCGCUUUUCUGGAUAUUCAACUUAUCUUUGUAAUCCGAGAAUUAUGGCUGCUUCUGGUUCUACAGCUGCCCCAGGGGAUUUCGCGUUGGGUGGCUUAAUCUCGAGCAGUGGGAAUGUCUCAAGCUUUGCAAACCCUGCCAGUAUCCAUUUUGGUGAUAGAAGUUGUAGGAAUUGUUGGAAAACGUGCGUGAGUGUGCAGCAUAAGGAAGUGAAAAUGGCUCCUAUAGUUCAUGGUUAUUUCAUAUUUGACAUCACAGGAAGGUCUUCCAACUCAAGUCUGGUAACCAGACGAGGGUUGAAAAGCCAUUCUACAUCCUCAUCGCCUCCUUAUUCUGAAGGAUCAUCACACGAUGAGCACCUUUCAAGUCUUGCAAUUCCAGUAGAAACGAAGACUCUAGAUAAUAGAUCACUUGUGCUAGUUUCUGGAUCAUGCUACCUUCCUCAUCCGGCUAAAGUGGAAACUGGUGGAGAGGAUGCUCAUUUCAUUUGUGCAGAUGAGCAAGCAGUCGGUGUAGCAGAUGGAGUGGGUGGAUGGGCAGAUGUUGGCAUUAAUGCAGGAGAUUAUGCACGCGAACUAAUGUAUUAUUCAAUGGAUGCUAUUCUUCAUGAACCCAAAGAUUCCAUUGAUCCUGCUCGCGUGCUAGAGAAAGCACACUCAAAAACAAAAGCAAAGGGCUCCUCAACAGCCUGCAUCAUAGCCUUGAAUAGCCAGGGUCUUCAUGCCAUCAAUCUUGGAGACAGUGGAUUUAUAGUUGUUAGGGACGGGUGCACCAUCUUUGAGAGUCCGGUUCAGCAGCAUGGUUUCAAUUUUACAUAUCAACUUGAAAGUGGCAGUAGGGCUGAUCUACCAAGUUCUGGUCAGGUUUUCACUAUUGCUGUUUUAUCGGGAGAUGUCAUUGUUGCGGGAACUGAUGGAUUGUUUGACAACUUGUAUAAAGAUGAAGUAGCUGGUGUUGUUCGCGAUGCAGUAAACUCUGGGUGCAACCCGGAGGCCACUGCUCAGAAAAUAGCAGCUUUAGCACGGCAAAGAGCUCUGGAUAGGAAACGACAAACUCCAUUUGCUGAUGCAGCACAAGAAGCUGGGUAUCAAUAUUAUGGUGGUAAACUAGAUGACCUUACAGUUGUCGUCUCUUUUGUUACUUAGCUGAGCUUAUUCUUCCUAUGCUUCUCCUUUUCACUGGCUUUUUCUCUGUUAGCACUUUGUUAGAUCUCUCCCUUGUCUCUGAAUAUAAUGGCAGAAAUUUUUCAUGAAGAAA